AAGUAAGUUGACAGAAGAUCAUGUUAGAGAGCACAGGAUAAGUGAGAGAAACAUGAUCGAGAAGAACUUAGAGGAAUGCUUGCAGAUGUAUAAGGUCAAAGCAGAGAUACUCAUAAUUGACAAAGAUGAUGUGGUCGUUGGACUUGGGGAGGUAGUCAAAGACCAGAAGGUUACCACACUCGUUAUGGGCGUUAAAAGAAGAAAACAUGGCUGGCAGAGCAAGACAGCAGAUGCUUUGGAAAAACAGGCCGACUGCUUGUGCAAUAUUCUGUAUCUUCAUAAGGGAAUUCUUGUUGCGAGCAGGCAUCAGCACACAGACAGGAAACAUGGCAUUCCUUCUUUGGUAGGUUGCCACUUCUCAGGCAGUAAUAGUAACACCACGAAAUCCUCUUCUUUCUUCAACUCUCGAAGCACCACCGACACCUUUGACACGGAACAUCUUGAUGACCCUUCCCUAGUGAUGAAUUCAACCUAUAUAUACAAUGAUUGUAGAUUCAAUGCUAUAAUUGGUCUCAAGUCAUUUGACACUUUUAAGGAGCUAGUAAAGCAGCAAAUUUUAGCUGAGCACUCAAGGGACUUGUACCAGGCAUUCAACAUCAAAUACUGUGAUAUCUUCACUGGGUGCCAGUUAAUUGGUGGCUUUGACUCACUCAUUGGAGUAGAUCCCCAACAUUUAGGGGAGGAACAUUGGAAAUCCAUCAAGAGCUGGCCUGCAGUGUUGGAGUAUAUUGUCAGUGUUCUCAAGACAUUGCAGAUGCAGCUCCUCAUGCAGAAUCAUCGUGCAUGCAAUGGAUUUACACAUGAUGACCUUUCAGAAGCAGUGAAAAAACCUAUUAGGCGUCUGUUCACUGUUGCUUCAAUUGUAUCUGACCAUGAGGUGCGGAAGUCACCAGAGAAGCUAUUCUGUGUAUUGAACAUGUACACAGCACUCAUAGAUGCUGCCCCCACUCUCAGGAAAGUCUUCUCUACAAAAUCCAUCAGAGAUGUUCUUCAAGAACUGGAGGACUCUGUAAGGGGAAUACUUAAAGAACUUAAAGGCUUAAUUCAGACAUACAACUCACCAAAAGUAGUGCAGGAUGGAGAUAUCCUGCCGAUAUGUGGGUACCUCAUGAGAUACAUCAUGCUCCUAGUGAAGCAUAAAGGUUCACUUGAUACGAUUCUAUCUCAUGAUUACACUGACAGUCUGUUGAAAGUUGAGGGAAUGAGUUUGACAAGUGGUCUAGUAUCUGGGCUCAUUACUGAUCUAGAAUCAGUAAUUGAUAAACAGUCAAAGCAAUGUGCUGCUUCUAAAGGACUCCAAUUCAUAUUCUUGAUGAACAACGUACAUUUGAUACUUCAAGAAGUCAAGCAAUCAGAUGUACAGCUGACUGUAAAAGCCAAGUGGUUUGAGAAACGCCGAUCCUUGAUCAAGGGGUACAUAAAGAGUUACCUAUCUGCAUCAUGGGGACCUGUUACGUCCACCUUGGAGGUUGCAAAAAGCAUGUCUCCCAGUAAAAAGGCAAGGAUAAACUUGCUCAACUUCUGGUACACGGCUCCGCCUCUGACUCCCUUGCAGAGUUUUGCUUCGUCUUUCAAUGAAGCUUGCAGUAGCCAGAUUUGCUUGAAGGUACCCAGUCCAGCUCUUCGAGAUGAGCUUCGUGUAAAGAUCCUUGAGUUUGUUAGUCGAGCGUACCAUGGACACUUGGCAGGUCAGAGACAGUCUGCAGAACAAAAUGCGAGGGAAUUUGAGUCGGAGUGGAAAACCAAAAUUAGUGAAUUGUUUGAAGGAUGAAGUAGCAGUUUAAUUUUCUGUCUGUGAGCGGAAGUGGAUGAAGACCACAGUGCAAGUAGAGGCUUUGUAUAUUGUACCUAUGUUGCUGCCCCUUGUGUU